UUUUGAUUUAAAAAUUGCACAUAUGCAAAGGCUACAUCAACAUAGUGGUAAAAUGAUUUUGGUAUAUUCGAAAUUAUUUCAAUAUUAUUAGUAUGUGACGCCCGAAAUCCGUGCCUUACCAAGGAUGCACGAUUCAACAAGACAGCCGAUACAGUAUUCAAAUGAUUCUGCCCGAUAAUUCCACCCUCACCACAACGGCCGACCGCUUGAUCGGGAGGAAGCCGUAAAGAAAUGUUUGCAUCUCCAGCAAACACUUAAGCAACCCUCCGCCCUCCUGGUGCCCGGAGAAAGUCGAGGUAAUUUUCUCGGCCCCGAUAUACAACCGCAGAUACGCCAUUAUCUCGCUUCAUUGACAUCCAAGAACCACCCAAAUCCACAAAAUCGGGGCCCUACAUUAUCAAUCCAUAAACUCGGGAGCCUCAACUAAGCGCAAAAACCUCAAAUCCUUCCAACUCGACCUGACAUCCGGCCCAAGCAUCCAAGAUGACCAUCCCCGUUCAGACCAUCACCACCCUUCGCACAAGCUUCAACCCAUUCUCUCAGGCCUCCCGCCCCUGCAGACUCCUACUAUCCAUCCUUCGCAAUCCCAACACUACCCCAGCAUCGAGCCCUACGCACAUCGAUAUCAAGGUCAAGCAGCUCCCGCGUGUCUCGACAGAGCAGCCCGAGGUAACAGUGGGCUUCAAGGGUGGCAAGGAGCUCAAGAUCGAAGUCGGGAAGCGCGGGAUGAAGAUCGGCGAUGUCAUUGAGGAAAUUGCGCGAGUGGGUAGGGCCAUUGAGCGAGAGGAGAGCUUGAAGGGUUGAUUCGAUCUCUUGUACGCAUAUUUGCUGUUAUAUUUGUGCUCGGUUUUACGGUCCGCCUAUGGCGCUUGGGAAUUAGGACUUUUUGUGCUUCUAUGUUGCGGAUGCGAAGCGGUUGAGCUGUUGGGGAAAGCUCAUUGAAACAAUUAUGAUACCGUCUCUUUGUGUAUAUACUACCUAGCCUUCGAGGAAUACUGCAAUUUUGAGGAUUCUUUCUUUGGGCUCUUCUGUGUAGUCAUAUUGUAGAAUGCGAGGGGUUGGA